AAGUUGCUUUCAUAUCUUACAAUAUCAUUAAACAAAAUAUAUGUACUAAAAAUGGCAAGUUUAGUAGAAGCUGAGCAGAAGCCAAAGAAGAUUCAGCUGUACUCAUGGUGGAAGAGCUCAAGCUCGGCGAGGGUUCGAAUCGCUCUCCACUUAAAAGGGCUUGAAUAUGAGUACAAGGAGGUGAAUGUACUCAAAGGAGAUCAAUUUAAACCUGAGUUUAUAAAGAUGAGUCCUCGAAGUUUUGUGCCUGUUUUAGUUGAUGGUGAUGUAGUCAUCUUUGAGUCCUCUGCUAUUAUAAUGUAUUUGGAAGAGAAGUAUCCUCAACCCUCUUUGUUGCCAUCCAAAGAUGAUCUUCCGAAAAGAGCUCUCAAUUAUCAGGUUGCGAAUUUGGUAGCCUCAAGUAUACAACCGUUUAUAAAUAUACAAGUGCAAAAAUACAUUGAAGACAGGCUUGGGUCCGACGAGAAGAAGGCUUGGGCUAAACAUCAUUUUAAGAUUGGAUUUGCAGCCUUGGAGAAAAUACUAGAAGAGCAUGCUGGAAGAUAUGCAACUGGUGAUGAAGUUGCACUUGCAGAUCUGUAUUUGGCACCGGAAAUAGAUGGUGCAAUCAAGUGGUUCGACGUUGAUCUGAACGAGUUUCCAUUGUUGUAGAGGCUGAAUGAUUCUUACUAUCAGCUAAGCACGUUUCGAGAUGCUAUUAUUCAAGCACAGCCUGAUGCUCUUGAUGAUAAUGAAUAAAUAUGAUACUAUUAGUCUAUUAUUAGUUAAGAAAAUAUUAAGUUACCUCUGUCAUCAGCUAAAUGGUUUAAAUAAGAAGUCGAUCAAUGUAGCAAAAUAAAGAGUUGUAAUAAUAAGAAGAAAAUAACACUACGUUUGAAGUUUUCACCCA